AUGUCCGAAAAAGUGGUGUAUGAUGUCUUAAAUGAAGAAGUAACAUCUUCAGAUACAGAAGCUGGCCUUCCUAAUUUGAAUAAAGAUCUAUCAAUAGUUGAAAGCAGUGAUAGUGUUUUAAGCAGAAAGAUCAAUCUCGUAAACGAUGCAAUAGACGAGAUUGGAUUCACGUGGUUUCAUUUCAAGUUAUUCUGUAUUGCAGGGUUUGGUUACUCGGUGGAUUCACAGAUGGAGAUGAUCCAGUCAUCGGUGAAAAGUUAUGUUGACGGUCAAAUGAAAGGCGGUGGGUAUCCCGUUGCAACAGAGAUAUUCUAUGCAGGUUUAAUCAUUGGUUCCAUCAUGUUUGGUUUUGGUGCAGAUCUAAUUGGCCGUAAGCUAGCAUUCAACCUAUCACUAUUACUUACUUCGACAUUUGGAUUUUUCACUGGUGGAACAUCGAGUUAUGCAAUGUACUGUAUCUUCCUAUUCUUGUCAACUGUUGCAGCUGGUGGUAAUAUUGCCACAGAUGUUGCAGUGUUUCUUGAAUUCUUACCAUCCAAAUAUCAAUAUUUGAACACAUCUAUGGCAGCAUGGUGGGGUGUGGGACAGACGAUUGCAAACCUCAUUGCAUGGCGGUUCCUACCAUCGUACUCGUGCGACGAUCCUACGAGUCCAGAUUGCACAUCACGUCUGAAUCGUGGGUGGAGGUACUGUUGGUAUGUGAACUCAGGUAUAGUGAUGGGUGCAGCACUUCUUCGAUUAUUUUUCCUACAGCUUGGAGAAACUCCCAAGUUUCUAGUCUCUACAGGUAGAGACCGGGAAGCCGUUGAAGCAAUCCAGGCGAUUGCGGCUAAAUACAACCGUCCAUGUUCACUGACGGUGGAAAAACUAGAAGCAUGUGGUACUAUCGAGCCAACAUACUUCAACAUGGGAAGAAUAUCCAGUUUCCAAUCGGGCCUUAAGGAGUUGUACCAUUCCACGAAAACGAACAUCAAGAUCCUUUUCUGCAACAAGUUAGUUAUCAGAUCCACUAUUUUGAUCAUCACGUCUUGGGUGUUUAUUGGAAUCUCCUAUUCGGUUUUUUACAAUUUCCUUUACAUCUACAUUGCUGCACACGGAGGAGAUACCGGCUCUUCUCCUUAUAUAGUCUACAGAAAUUCCACCAUUGCCAAUUUUGUCGGUAUUUUUGGUCCUCUUCUUGGAGGAGCCCUUAUUCUCAUCCCAAAGGUCGGAAGAAAGGGUACAAUGAUAUUCGGAGCUUUAUCUGCCAUGGCAAUCCUCUUUGGAUACACCACGGUCAGAACAGCAGCUGGGGAUGCCGGAUUCAGCAGUGCAACUUAUUUUUUUGUUAACAUAUACUAUGCAUGUUUAUAUGCAUAUACACCAGAAGUGUUCCCUACCAAGGCAAGGGGUACAGGUGUUGCUCUAUGUUUAGUCGCCGGUCGUGUUUCAGGAGCAUUUGCACCUGUUGUGUAUUGGUACGGAGAACAAACAGGAACAUCUGUUCCUAUCUGGGUGUGUGGUGGAAUCAUUGGUUCGUUGUCCAUCCUUGCUUUUGCAAUGCCUUUUGAGCCUAGUAAACAAAGGACUGUUUAA